AUGUCGGCAAUCCUUCGGAGACAAUGACGAUCGAAUGCAGAGUCGCUCGACGUCCUUAACUCGGAGAGGCCAGGUUUCACGAAUAUAGAGCAGAACUGCUCUCACCACCACAUUGUAUAUCCGGCCUUUUAUAACCACGUUAAUAUCACGAAGGCGCCGAAAUGGCCCAGAUUGUCACAAGCUGCUAUGGCUUUGAUGAUACGGGAUGAUCUUAUCACUCACGCCACCACCAGGACUUGCUCAGCUACCCAGAUACACGAAUUCUUUCGACUACUUUAAACAAAUUACCACAAAAUGAGUGGAGGCACAUAUUUCUACUGGUCUUGUAAAGAACUUCGCAUUUAGGUGUAAAGUAUGUGCCAUACAUACGGACACUGAUUGUCAACUGAUGAUGUACGAUUUUCAUAGGUUGAUUAUCAUCGUACAGUAAGACAAUAUCAUCCUCAUACUGAAGAUCAAACAGUGCUUCUCUAAGUAAUAGAUCAACACCACCAUUAUCUACUUCUAUCGGAGCUGUUUCUAGAAUGUUAUUCAUGUCAAAGCUGAACAGGAAUCAUGAGAUUGAGCAGCCCCGUCCAAUCCUAAUCCUGAAUUAGGACAAUAGAGAGAAACGGUUGCGUGUCCUCAGUCUGCCUGAGGUGUGACAUGACUAGGAAUAGGUAACAAUGUCGUAAUUGUAUUCGCUCUAUUUCCCUCUAGUUCUUGAGUCUAAAAGAUAUCUUGCUUUUUGUGUCUCAAAUUCAUUCUUUCUCUAAUCACACUGCCUAUGCCUAAUCUUUUAUCACCGCUAAUAAUAUUACUAAUUCUACUCAUCUGGGAGAAUUUUGGUAAUUUUAUCUCCCUGAACUGAUGUGAGACAAAUGGGACCGAUGCAAAACCGUGCAAGGCUCAACAUUGUUUAUGACUAACUGACAGAUAAGCCACUGGCCUGAACAAUAGGUGUGAGUCAGCCACAUCAAAACGAGCUUCAUGUAUCCGUGCCGAGAUUACACUAAUUCACUACGACUGAUGAGACUCCAAGGUAUGUUAGGUGGUCAAAGCAUCCGAAUACUUACCCCCAUAUCUUGAUGUAACAACCAGUUGGAAUUCUAUAAAUAUCAUUCAGCCUUGACCCUUUGUGGUUACAGCUUAUUCAUCGAGGAUGGGUAGAAAAGUCAAACUAAUGACCAAGGUAAUUUGGCACUUUCGGACCAUUUUAUUUAGAGAUUUUUUAAGCGGACCCUCAAUAUUUACUCAUUUUUCCCCUUCGCUUUAAUAUAAACUUUUUAACGUGAGAUUCCUAAUGAAGCACAUGGUCAAAUAAUAUCGAACGAAGUGAACAGAUAAAGAUUUUUCAUUUCCAUUGACUGUAUAAUUUAGUAAACCACAUGAAGUUACUAGGAUACAUUUUCUAGGAGCACUAGCGAAAUAGAACUCAUCGUUUUAUGCUGCAAAUGCUGAAGUAUUUUAGUUGCCACAUUUGCCGACAGCUCAAGGAGUGAACAACUAAAAAGUGAAAUAUCAACAGACAAACGCAGUAGUUUUCAGAUAUACCAGAUACUGACUCCAUCGAUUAAACUAUCUCCUCAACCUGGGAUUUUAAGCUUAACCUUAAUAAUACACACUGACCUUAAGGUCAGCUGCUAGCACCAUAUAUCCCACCCUGGAACGCCGUCUCAACUAUAUGGCAAUACAGGAGAAUGUUGCACAGUAUACUCGCAUUGAUAGUCACAAACCCCAUCCGGAUUACAGACAAGAAUCUUCGCCCAACAAUCAGCCCCCAAAAAGCGGUAUAACUUCCAGAACAAACUGUGUCUUUAAACCUUUCAGAUAUGAUGCACAGUACUCAGUCUUCACUAACUAUAUUACUUCGUCAUCGGGAUCUAGAUGCGAAGUUCAUUCGUAGACUUUAGUUAAGGACAUUUAAAGAUAUACGUUAAAGGUAACCUUAUCUAACAAGGCUCGCACCAGAGUACUUUGAGCCAAACAAAGUAUUUCAUAGUGGAAGGCUAAUCCAUCCUUCUGUCUCAAAUAUGUUUUCCCGUAUGCGAGGGUGGUCGCCUCAGCUAGACUCUGGACUGAAAUUCAUCCCUCAUAGGCCAAGAACGCGCUAAAACGUCGAAGAAAACUUUAACACACACACUUUAUUGCGGCUACUGGGACCUUCACUGCACACGAGACAUUUUUGUCGAAUGUGGUUUCAAGGCCACUGAUCCAUUUUCCAAUUCCUGGAUGCUGUGAAGAACCGAGAACUAUCAUAACAGUUAGGCGUUCUAAGCCAGAAUUUUAGUUUUGUAAGGUUAUCUUUAGGUGGAGAGAUCCACUAACCUGAUCAACAUCAGCCUCCCGUAUAUGAAUAAUGUAUUUCGAACAGAUGCAUCAUUCCAUAAAAUAGAAAGUAGAAAUUAUACAAGAUCAGGUCGAAAGUGGCUGCGAGUGUGAGAGACUGUAACUAAUAAAUUGGGAAUAACUUAAGUGCAGUAAACCGUAUAGUAGUAGCCAAUAGGUCAAAUGGAAGCUUAUAAUAAGAAAAUGAAUAUACAUGUAACAUAGUUACUUAAUAAUUAUACAAUGAGAAUAUAUAUCGCAAAAUCCAUAAAUAGGUCCUGACAGUUAUUAUUCUUCGUCCAGAUAUGACACUUAUGGUUGCCGGGAUCCAAGAGUAAUUCCGUGCAACACUUGUUCCCUGAGGAUGCUGAAGCCCAUGUGAGUCGUUGGUUUGGGGUCAGGACCGCCUCCCAACUACUUCCGUACCUACCUUUUCCCAGCACUUCUCUGUUGUAUAGCUUGGUAAGUCAUACUACUGACUGCGAUGAAAAUGCGUACUUAACAUACUAUUUUAAAGUAUUCACUGCUUUGAACAAACGCUAUCGCUGUUUAGAACAUUCAACACAGUGCUUUAUGUGGAUAUUUUGUCAAUAGUUGAAGAAAUAACAUAAACUCAUCAUGUGUCCAAGCACAAAUAUAACACAUUUCAUUCUGCUUCGACCGUUACAAUUCAGCUUUAUUAUGUAAAUAAUAUUGAGUUGUUAUUAAACAAAUUCAUUUAGAUUAUUGCCACAUAUUACGUGGGAGAUGAUCAUUCGAUGGAAAUGGUUAUUCAGUUGCCAAACAACUAUCCCUUAAGUCCAAUUACUGUUAGUAAAGGGCGUAGUGUUGGUGUAGGAAGUCAACAGUGGCAGUCAUGGCUUUUACAAAUGUCUGUUUUUGUUAAUAAUCAUAAUGGAUCGAUUUUAGAUGGUAUUGAUUUGUGGCAAAGUAAUGUUCGGAAAAAAUUCGAUGGUGUUGAAGAAUGUGCAAUUUGUUACUCGAUUGUGCACAACACAAAUUUCAGUUUGCCUAAAAUGCGAUGUCACACCUGUCGUAAACUAUUUCAUUAUGCUUGCAUGUACAAAUGGUUUACAACUAGUCGAAAUCCUGCUUGUCCAUUGUGUAGACACCUGUUUAUUGAUCCAACCGGUCGUCCUGUAUCAACAUAAUGGGUAAAGAAAAUUCUGAUGAUCGAUGCAGCAAGAAAAUGUAGUAUUUCUAAUUAAUCUGAAUCAAAUGAUCAUUUGUUUCAUUAAUUCACCAUAAAUCUUGUUUUUUGUUACUUUUGAGAAGGAUUACUCUUUUUAUUUUUAAGUAGUUAUUAUUAUUAUGUUGUUUCUGAACUGUUCUGUUGAACAUAAACUAUCUGAAUUUUCUGUAUGUUUAAUGUGAAUGCAAAAUGUUUGUCAACUUUCUUUAUGGCGAAUUACUUUUUGACAAAAUGUACAAAUGAUGAUACAGAUCUCAGAUAUCUGUAUUGUGUUAGUUCUUUUCUAGUAGGCUUGUGUGUCUGUUCUUCUAUGGAAUGAGUGACUUGAAUGUACGAACACCACUUCCCAAGGCGACGGGUUCCAAGGGUUUGUGACCCGGUGAAAAAACCUGUAUGCUACGGGUAUUUGUUCAUCCUUGGCUUUCGAACUCGCUUGUUAUGCUAUUUGAUAUGUCCCGAUCUAAUGGGAAGUAAUGGGAAAGAUACAUCAGAUCCGACAUCAUUUCUCAGUAUUCUAUACACCUGAAUCAGAUCACCUUUUAAUAA